GCAGUAUCGCACCGCUUCGUAUUUUGCGGUAAAGCGGGAUUCAAUGGCGAGAUUUGGGUUGGGGCGAAGGGCGAGAUCUUUUGGAGCUCGGUCGAGGGGGAUUUGCCAGUGAGAUUGCAUCCUCUUGCAGAAUUUUCUUUCGGCAACGGCGGAACCGGUGCCUGGAGGAACGCAGCAAGGCCAUGGCGACUGAGAAAUCUCCGAACAGAGAGAUUGCAGAAGCAGAACAAGAGAGGAAACCGCCUUCGGAAAGGGAAGAAAACAUUGAUGAAGACACCAAAAGGACAUUGGCGAUAGCCGCCACGGAGGUUGUUGGGGCCGGAGCUCUGCCUGAUUAUGAUUAUGGGUGGAGCUGUAAAUUAUGCGGGAAGCAGUCUGUGGGACUGCAGGCAUUGAUGGGCCACUUCCUCUUUCAUAGGUUCCUGUUGGGCGACGACCGAGUUAGAUCAGAAGCCGGAGAAGCGUUGAAGGCUAAAAUAGCGGUGGAAUCGAGCAACGGGCGAUGCGAUGUUGAGGAGGGUCCGCACCAGCCUGCGACCGCGAGCAAUGAAGAUGCAACGGCUGCCAUGCCUUACGUGAGCUCCGGUGUCAUAAGCACUGCCGUUUGUCCAUUGCCUCAGCCGUUCCCAUUUACUCCUGCUGGACGCAUGAUGACCGAGACGCACUCUUCAUUCGACCCAGUAUCCUUGGUUAAAAUAAUCCCACCGAAUGCAGAUGAAGGUGAAUCCAGUAUAGGGGUUCUUCCACAUGAUGCCAGAACACAGAGUAAACCAAGUACUUGUGGGCCUGCCAUCGAGAAUAUGAAAUCUAUCAAAAGGAAGCGGGAAGAACUUACGAGCAGGGGCGUAGAGAACAUGAAUGAGUCAAAGUGGAGGAAAUUAAAAGGAUGUUGCAGCUUGGGGCAGGCAGUCAAAGAAUUUAAAGAGAUUCUUCCAAUUCUAGAAAGAUUCCUCCAAGAGACAACGACACUUGCUAAAGGAUGCAGCAGAAGAUCUCCCUUAGUGACAACAGAAUUAGUAGGCGGAGGGACUCACCGAAAGAUUAAUGAAAUUUAUUCCUAUUUAGUGCAGGAGAACAUUUCCAUCAUUGGUGUUGUUGGAAUGGUUGGAGUGGGCAAGACAGCCAUUUUGACGCAUGUCCAUAAUAAACUCUUGGAGAAUCGUGCUUUUGAUGAUGUAUUAUGGGUCAAUGUGCCUUUGGAAUUUAGCACAUAUGCACUGCAAGAAGAGAUUGCCAAUGUGGUUGGGCUACACAAUAUCUCAAAUGAGAAGGACGUGAAGAGGAGGGCAAGCAUACUGUAUGGACAUCUGAGGAUGAAGAAAUCUGUUCUAAUUUUAGAUGGCCUGUGGAUGCAUUUCAAAGUUAAAGACGUGGGAAUUCCAGUUGAAAUGGGCAGUGUAAAGUUGGUGCUCUCUACUCGAUCACUAGAUGUGUGUUUUAUGAUGCUCUGUCAAAAGCAAAUCAAAAUAAAACCUCUUGAGAGGGAAGAGUCUUGGAGGUUAUUUUUAAAGGUACUUUGCUUCGCUGGAAAACUCCCUUCAGAUAUUGAAGAAAUUGCGAAGUUUAUCAUGCACAAGUGUGAUGGUUUGCCACUUGGGAUCAUUGAUAUAGGGACUCGCAUGAGGGGAGUAGAGAAAGUUCACGAAUGGAAAGGCAUGUUGCAAAAAUUCAAAGACUCAAGGAUAGAACUUGAGGCGUUCAAAGGACUGAAACUCAGUUACAUGAACUUGGGUGAUCAUCAAGUGCAAUAGUGUUUCUUGCAUUUAGCACUUUGUUUUGGUG